GAUCUGGAGAAAUUGUUACCGAAAGGUGACAGAAAUCCAAUAAACCCAAAAGAAGAAGAAGAAGAAGAAGCAAAAGGAGAGUUGAAGGAAUAUGAAGUCAUCGGGCGCAAGCUUCCUACCGAAAAGGAGCGAGAUACUCCUUUAUACAGAAUGAGAAUAUUUGCACCAGAUCAAAUUGUAGCUAAGUCUCGUUUCUGGUAUUUUCUGAGACAACUGAAAAAAUUCAAGAAAUCUACUGGUGAGAUUGUUUCUGUCAAAUUGGUACCAGAAAAAUCGCCCAUAAGAAUCAAGAACUUUGGUAUUUGGCUCAGGUAUGAUUCCAGAUCUGGCACACACAAUAUGUACAGGGAAUAUCGUGACCUCAGUGUUUCUGGAGCAGUAACAUCAUGCUACAGAGAUAUGGGAGCUCGCCAUAGAGCUAGGGCACAUGCUAUUCAGAUUAUCAAGGUCGAAGAAGUGAAAGCCUCAGACACAAGAAGGCCCCAAGUAAAACAAUUCCACGACUCCAAAAUUAGGUUCCCGUUGCCUAAGCGUAUCCAACACAACUCUAUGAACAGGUUCUCUGUCCGCAAGCCAAGAACUUACUUCUUGUAAUCCUUGUAGCAUAAGUGCAGAAAUAAAUUGGUUUAUAUUGAC